AUGGAUGUUGUAUUGAAAUGUCUAUUCGAUUCACGAAAUAUCUUUAAAGAAUUAUUAAACGAGGCACGCUUAUAUAGUAGAUUUGGAGUUUGCUUUAUGGUGUGGUGCCUUAUGUGCAAUCCACUAUUCUAUGAUCCGUACGACAUAUCUCUCACUCUCGAAAUUUGUAACUUGCGCCGGCCUAAGAUUCAAAGUAACAUAUCUGGUUUGUGUCAAUGGUGUCCAAAUUCAGAACUUGAUAAACAAAUUGAAGAAUAUGAAGAAUGUAAAACAUCUGAACUUCGUAAACAACUAGGAAACGGAAAGCGUUGA